AUGAUCAGUAAAAAUGAGAUGGAUAUACCAAUUACUUCAGAUCUAUCAAACAAUUGGUCAUUAAUCAGUACAAAUGCAUCUCAAUUGUCUGUACAACAACAGACUAUCGAUAUACAACAAUCGUUUAUCGGAAAUUAUAGCAAUCCUCCAGUCACUGAACUUGUCACUUUGAUACCAACGGCAUCAUUGACAUCAGCAUCGACAACAUCAACUCCGGGUAGAAGAAUGAAUGAUCCUCAAGCAUACUGGAAUGGAAUAAAUCAACCUGUAAAUGGGAUUACUGUGCAUUCAGAAGCCAUAACAGGCUAUUAUCCAAAUCCAAUUGGUUCAUCUAUAUUAUGCCCUAUAAUAAACCCUCAGUUGGUUCAGCAUCCAACAACCAUCCCCAAUUGUUCUGUAUCACAUACAAAUAUAAGCAAUCCAGUAAAUCCAACAUCUUUAGGUGUUGUAUCAAGUACUACGGGGAAUGGAGCUACCAAGAUUCCUCGUCAACGUAAAAAUAAUCUAUCUGACCGAAAGAAGAAUGUUAACACGUAUGUAUGUACUCAUAGACAUGUUCAUUUCAGUAUUUAUUUUACUGUAUGCUUGCAAAUUUUUUCAUUGACAGAAGAUCCAUAUAUUCCAAGUUACAUGGAUCCAGCCAAUGGUCCAGAACCUUGUGUUGUUUGCGGUGAUAAUGCCACUGGAUUUCAUUAUCGUGCUAUGACAUGUGAAGGGUGUAAAGGAUUUUUUCGACGUUCAGUACAAAAGAAACUUGUUUACACAUGUAAAUUUAACGGGAGGUGUUCAGUGUCAGACAAACAGAACAGGAAUAGCUGUCAAAAGUGUCGAUUUGAUCGGUGUAUCAAAGGUGGUAUGGCUAAAGAUUUGGUGUUGGAUGAAGAAAAGCGUUUGGCAAAACGUCGUUUAAUUGAAGCUAAUCGUGCACGUAAACGUGCUGAAUCAGACAGUGCUAUGCAACAGAAUCAAAUGAAUCCGGGUCCAAGUCCACCUAAACAAACAAACUUUCCUCCACCUCCUUCUCUUCCCACUGUUGGUGUUGGUCAACCUCCUCUUCUUUCUUCUCCAUUAUUGACUCAACAAAAUUCACUUGCUCAAAUUAGGCAGCCGCAAACACAGCGAAUAAGGUCACCAUUGGUAUCAACGGUUCAACAACGCUCCGUUUUACACAGUUAUCCAACGAUAACCGCACAGACCGGAGUGAUGAACUUUGCUAAUAUAUCACCAACUGAUGGCAAGUCACCUCAAGCACAGAUGUCUGCAAACCUUAGUCCUUCUGUAACAGUAGCAGCAGCAGCAGUUGCAUCAACAGCUAAUCUUAAUCAACGUGCCCCGUCAUCAUCACUCCAACCGAUAUACGAUCCUAAUUGUGCGAUGCUUCCAUUGUUGCAAACUUCGCCACCAAGAAACCAAAUGAUGUAUUCUGGUGAGAAUUCAUCACCAAAUCAACACGGUCAUUACAUUAACACUAGUCCACAUCAACCUCUUUCUCUCCAGCAUCAUCAGCAUCCCACUAUACAUUCACUUCAGGUGCCGACGACCGACAUGCUGUCAAGUCAUACGCCUCAUUCCAAUCCUUUAAUAAAUAUAUCGUCUAAUCUUCCAAUAGGCGAAACGAAUCAGAUUUACUGGUCAGGUAAUUCAAGUAUAAAUGGAUCAGCGGGAAAUAUAUUUCAUCAUUCAUUGACUACACUACACAGUAAUAUUAGUCAAAUUCAUCAGCAAACACAACUUCCUGUUCAACAUCAUCAAGGUAAUAUCAUCCAAACAAAUGUCAACAAUUCAAACUGGGAUGAUGAACAAUUCACACAGUCGUUAAUAACUACUGGGAACAAUGUCUCACAAUACUGUCCAAUAAAUAUGGUGAAUGAAGCUCUCCCAUAUGAACAUCAGCGUCAUCAUCAUCACCACCACCAACAACUAUUGCAACCAAUGCCACCAACUCAACAUCAAGAAGUUAAUUUAGCCAUACAAAAAGGAAAUACCAUGAACAUCUUUCAUUCUGAUCCACUCAUAAGUAAUAACUCAAUGCAUAAUGAUGACAUAAGUGAUGUGAAGAUCACCAAACUGGAAGAUGAAAAUUUUACAACACCAAUAACUUCUUUGAAUACGUCUACUGGUAUUAAUCCACUUUCUGUCACUUCUUACUCGUCAUCAUCAUUAUUAUCCUCCUCUUCAUCUUCUUCGGCUUCUUCCUUGGGAUCAUCAUCAUCAUCAUCUAUGUCAUCAUCUAACUUUUCAGUACCAGCUGUAAAAGAAAUUGAAGACCAAUUGUUAUCAAUUUCGAAGUCAGAUAGUUCAUUGGAUACAAGGGAUGAUUUAUUCGUUUGGACAAUUGACGACCAGAAUCUAACUGACUCAAUACGUAAUGCAUACGAAUCGAUAUAUUUUGAUUCACCUAAUAAAAAAUUUAAACAAGAUGAAGGUUUAACUGGUAAAAACAAGAAUUUUUCAGCAAAAUUGGAUAACUCUCAAAUGAAUUCAGGUGAAUUUGUCAUAAAAAGUAUUGUGGAUUCACAUGUGACGGGCUUUCUAACAAAGUUGGAUGAGAUAGAACAAGAAGAUAUUCAGCAGGCUAGAGCUUUUUAUAUGACGACAUUUCAUGAUUUAGCUUAUCUGAUUGAACCGGCAAUAACACGUUUAGUCAGAUUUGCUAAACAAGUUUCAGGAUUCGAUCUGCUUGAAGCCGAUGAUCAGAUUCGUUUACUUUGUGGAUCCUGUCUUGACCUCAUCACACUAAGAGCUGCUUAUUGCAUGAGUACAUCAGUUAAAGUUCACGGAUUAUAUGAUAAUGCAAUGAUAACACGAAAUUUAAAAUUAUCACAAGCCUCAAUCAGUGAUCAAACAAAUGCAGAAUUAUCUCAAAGUAAUAAUAAUCCAAUAUUACUUCAACAGAUACCUAAUCCUUAUUAUCCAAAACUUGGUACCUCUGAUGACAAAUGUGCUCAAUUAAUUCGUGGUGUAGCGUUCAAGAUGGCUAGAUUGAAUAUUGAUCAAACGGAUGUUGCCAUGAUGGCAGCCAUUUUGUUAAUGUCUCCUGAUCGCAGUGACCUAAUGGAUACAGAUAUUAUAGAGAAUAAUCAAAAUACACUAUUGGAAACAUUUAAUCGUUAUGUCAAUCGAUCCCGUGGUCAAAUUAAACAAUCUAGUGAUUAUUCACUGCCUACUUCACAAUGUUGGCCUCGUAUUAUUAUGACUCUGACUGAAUUACGUUCUGUUACAAUAUGUGCUCAUGAUCUGUUCUCACAUACACCUGGACACAAUAAUAAUACAAAUCAAUUACCAUGGUAUUUUCAUGAAUUAUUUUCAGCUAAUGAAAUGACAGUCAAUUUGAUAAAUGAAAUUAAAAAUUGA